UCUAUGCCUUUAUGAGUAACGCAACAUUGCCCUUUGCUAUUCCCCUGUUUUCAGUAUUCUCUCACUUCUACUUCACUUUUGCUCUUUCUAUUCCACAAAUUUUGUUUUCAUGGAUUAAUUUGUGAUUGUAACAAAGAGGGUGGUUGUGUUUUUUAGCAAAUGGGUUCAUGUGUAUCAGUUCACAAAGACUCUGAAUCAGCCAUGAAAUUUCGUCCUUUUUUUGGUUCUAAAAAUGAUAAGCUUGUGAUUCCAUCACCUAUCAAAGAUAAACCCACUACUGAUCUCCAACUCAAGUCUGUUAAUAGCUUUCCUGAUUUUGGUAGUAAAGAGGAGACCUUCUUUGAUUCGCAGGCUUGGUUGGAUUCAGAUUGUGAAGAUGACUUCCUUAGUGUGAAUGGAGAUUUUACGCCUUCUCGUGGGAAUACACCUGUGCAUCCCAGCUUGGCUGGAAAUUUAGAAGGUGACAAAGCUGCCCCUACCUCUCUUCAGCAAUCACCCCCACAGGAAAAAAAGAAGAGACUGUCUGAACUUUUCAGUGAAAGCUUGAGAAAUGAGCAGGAGCAGGUCAAUGAGCAAAAUGCUGCAGACAACCAAAAUGAUACGAGUACAAAAAUGGAAACAGCAUUUACUAGUGAUCGACUCCCACCAAGAUCCACACCUGGGACACCUUAUGCGUCUGUGUGUUACAGCGAAAGAACUCCCAAUGAAGAGUAUGUCAAAUCAUCGAAGCCAUCACAAUGUUGUCUUCCAAGGUUGCUCUCGAGUCGUAGCUUUAGUGAAAGGAGGAAAAGAAUGAGCCCGGCGCGUACUGUUGGCUGAUAACGGAAGCCGUCUCUCUUAAGGUAUAUAUGUCUCUGCUUAUGUGCAUGUUUAAGGAAUUUAAGGUAUAGAAUAUGAACAUUGAUGGUCAGUAAAACUUAAUGGCCAUGACAUUUGGCGCAAAUACACAGAUGAGUAGAGUUAUGGUAUGUUCAUUCUUGAAUUUGGCGCUUUAUAUGUAUAAAAAGAUAUAGAAAAACAGCUUUGUUAAUUAAUCAACUAGCAGUACAUUUUCGUUU